GUCCCUGGUGGCCAGCCCAGGGCGGAGUCUCAGAAUGAUUGUUGCAUUCUGAAAGUGGGCCCCCUCUUGGGGUAUCGAGCCAUUUGGGGACGAGACACAGACUGUCCAGAGACUGGACUCCUCUGUUUGGAGGACAGAGAGAGAGACAGAGGCCCAGAGAGGUUAUGGGGGCUCAUGUGAGGUCACACAAAGAACGCGGGGCUGAUAUGAGAUCUACAGCCUGGGGGUUGGUUCCCAUCUUCCAGGCCUCCUCCUGACUUCCUCACCCUGUAAGCCUUACCCAGUCAUGUGGGCACGCCAACCAAAACACUUCCCUCUCUUCUAGAGACCUUAGCCCAGGUGAGGCCUUGCCUUGGUGGCAGGUGGCCUCAUUGCAGUGAUGCGGCUCGGUAAUGUCAACCUCUGGGGAGCAAGACCCCGGAGAGGGACUGACCAGGAUUCAGCCUAGAGUGGCACUCACUUUCACCAUGGUACUAGUCGCUGUUCUGUGAUCGAUGAGUGAUGCCUGCAGUGUUGGUGGGCUGGAAGACGUGGGUGCCUUGGCUACAGUUUUUACCACGGAUUAUCUAGGCUGAGUGUCAGGGCCACAGCCAGCCAAACUAGAGGUCAAGAGCAGGGCUCUGCCCUGCAGAGACAGCAGGGUGCUGUUGGCGGUGUGAGUUUGCGGGGUUCUGUUGUGGUACCCAUAACCCCCACCUUGGGGAGAACUGACUGUAGCCACCGUUCCUGACACUGUCUUCUCUCCUGCCCCGCAGCCGGGAGUGUCCAUUCUCCUUCGACCAGCAUGGCGACGUCCUCACAGUACCGCCAGCUGCUGAGUGACUACGGGCCACCGUCCCUCGGGUACACCCAGGGCACUGGGAACAGCCAGGUACCCCAGAGCAAGUACGCUGAGCUGCUGGCCAUCAUCGAAGAGCUGGGGAAGGAGAUCAGACCCACCUACGCGGGGAGCAAAAGCGCCAUGGAGAGGCUGAAGCGAGGCAUCAUUCACGCCCGAGGACUGGUGCGAGAGUGCUUGGCCGAGACGGAGCGGAAUGCCAGGUCCUAGCGCCCUGGGCGCCUUCAGGGUGUUCCAUCUUCUCCCAAGAUGAGAUGUGACAGCGUGUCGCCCCCAUUUCCUUUGUUUUCAAAGUGCCGACUGUUCUUUCCCUCCGUGUUUCCCUGCCGUGGCUCACUAGAUUGUGAACCUACCCUCCUGAGUUGAAGGAAGACUUCUCAGUUGGUCAGGAUUAUUUGCGUUUCUAGUAGUUAGGCACUACCCAGGGGUUUCUCUCUCUUUUUGUUUUGUUUUUGGUGUGACUUUUUAAAGCAUUGAUUUAAAAACGGAAAGUGACUGAUCUGAUGGCAAACUCCAGUUUGCCUCCAAGAUCCCAGGGUCCCAGCAUACUCUUUUCUUUUGAAGACCUUUGUGUCCCCCAGAUCAUCCUGUGUCCCUUUUCAUAACAACAACGUUCAGGGUUUUGUCUGAUUUCUCUCCACCGUUGACCAUGCACACCUGCUCCGUAGCCACGCCCAGUUGGGCAUCCUACCCACGUAGGCCCCGCUUUACAGAAACUUUUCGCUUCAGCCUUUGCAUGACUUUUAGUGCUUUGAAGUCAAUUAAAAAAAAGUGCACAAGUUAUAAAUACAGAAGAAAGAGCAACUGACCAAACCGAACAAGGACAACCCUGAAAUUUUUCAUAUCCAGACUGUAGAUUUCAGUUUCCUGUGUGUUGAUGCUGCCGCCCCCCAAAAAAAAUCGGGGAGAGGGGAAGGACUCUGAACUGUUUGCAUCUUUGUAUGUAUUUAUUACUUGAUGUAAUAAAGCUUAUUUUCAUUAACA